AUGUCUUCUUCUUCGGUGCCUAAUGAGAACCUUGGUUCCAUCAAUCCCUCUGCACCACAAACAACCCUUUCAACAGAAUCUUUAAAAAAGUGGGAACUCGGCGUCUCACUGGUUUUGCACAACUGGAGUGUUCUUACGGAUGCUGUUGUAGCUCAAUGGGGCGGACCUGACAGUGACGACAAGCGUGACUGGCUCUGCGGCGCUAUUGCGGAUAUGUUUACGGAGCGAGAGGAAACAGAUGAGUAUGAUAUUGAAAGCGUGUUGGUACAAGUCAUGGGGGAUGAGUUUCAAGUAAACUUGGAGGACGAUUCGGCAUGGGGGAUCGCCCAAAAAUUAGUUUCUCUGCGCAAAGAGGUACUGGAGGGGAACUUGUCUACAAUAGACGAAUUACACACCAAAUUCCUCGCGAAACCAAAGAAUCAACACCCGGGAGUCCCACAAGUAACAGAGGUUACCGAAGAAGCCGGCUCAAGCGAAGACGAGGGAGAUAGUGAUGAAGAAAUGUCGGAAGCACCUUCGACAGGGCCUUCAGAGACCAGGCAAAGAGUCGAGCCAGUCAUAGAUGAGGAUGGUUUUGAGUCGGGAAUCACCGUAACAACCACGUUUGCUUAUCAUCAGAUUGGACGGUACAUUGCAUCAACCAGAGGGAAAGACCGACAAGAAUUGCUUUCUCUUAAAGAACGAUUGCAAACAAAGAUCAAUAUCAUUUCACCGGCUAUCGAUCUAGUUGAAAUCAUCUCAGCUAGAGGGAAUACAUCUCUUGAGAGUGCCUUGACACUAACUAAGGCAAUACGGCAUGAUAUUGAAUCUCUUGGUGUGCGCUUGUCCGACCUCUCGAAUCAAAGCGAAGGUAGAAAACGGCCCAAAAACCAGGACGAAAUCAAAGGAGUUGUGCAUGAUAUUAAAGACCUACUCGGGAAGAUAGAAGAUGCCGUUCCAUUUAUCAGCUUAGCUGUCACAACAUCUGGAGUGGAAUUGUCAUCCAAUAUUCCCCAUAAUGUUUCACCAUCCCGGCUACUCCAGGCGUCGACUUUACUCACUGCUGGUGACACAGCUUAUGCCGUCAAACCUUCCAAUCCUGCACAAAUAGGCACAACAUUUACCCUGAGCCUCUAUAUGCUUUUUGCUGGCCACUCGCAUCGGCAAGAGCAUAUCUCUGCCAAAGACCUCACUUGGAAAGAGGUUAUCUACAAAUGCAGAGUGAAGUUACAGAGGAUUCCACUAGUUUAUGAUGAGGAUGAUGACGGCUAUAGUUCAAAGCACCUACAAGCUCGAACCAAAAUUGAGGAGUAUUACUAUGAACUAUGUCUCAUCGAAGACCUAGAUGACGGGCGGGUUCAUGAAUUGGAAGAACUGGGGCAACAACCAGGGUCUUAUGAAGACGUUCUAAAUGCUGGGCUGAGGACGCGAAUUCCGGUUCAUGAGAUCUCGAAGCUUUUCUACACAAAUUCCGGUACACUUCUCGGUAUAGAAGACUCCAAUUCUCCGAUUCUUCUAUUAAAACGGGAUAUCAAUGCCCCACAUCCACGUAAGCUUAUGGACAGAAUCCAAGCAUAUCAUAAUGAAUACGAGGACAGCGAAGAAGAACAUGAUGAGGGCUAUGCUCUAGAUAUGGGGGAAGGUGGGUCAAUUCGGACCGAGGAUGGACCAAUUUUGCCUGACGAAUAUGAACUACCACGCCAUCUUGAUCCUGAAUGGCUUGCGUUUGAGAUCUUUACCGAAUCCAUUGGUGAUGAAGAUGAUAUCGCAGAAAACGGCUCUGAAUAUGACUCAGAAGAAGAUGUAUCAGAACAUUAUGCAUCUCCUCAACCUCCACAACACCCUGGUUUAGGGUCUGUAGUCACCACUUCAUCUAUGAAGAGUUCGGAUAUCCACUAUGGCUACUCCAUCCCGUCUCGUCCUUGCAGUUCACAAAAUGUGAAGUCUAAUCUUUCCGUCCUUGAGUGCCUGCUCCGUUUGACCGCUCUACAAAACUACCAGCAAGCGUCACACUUAACGGUACACGAUGAACUUCUGAAUCUUUUCCUUUCAGACUCUGCCUUAUCGGGCUCAAGAGAAAGCAGACAGUUGGAACGAGAGAACGCUCGGAGAAGAAUUGGUUUCGACCCCUUCGGUUCGUCGGAGAAGAAAAAUCAACCGCCACCAUCAAAUGUAAAAAAGGAUUCAAAGUUAGGGAGUAUCCAGCUUACCGGAACUCCUCCGAGAAAAGGAAUACGUGAAAUGCAUAUAGGUAGAGGGGAAGAAGUACAAGAAUUUUCGGGUAUCGCUCGGGGAGACUUGAAAUCCCCUAUUACUCCAAGCUCUGGUGGAAAAACUAGAGAGUUGGUUGGUUCCAACAUUGCCUCAGUAAACCCGGGGCUUUGGACUCCUGAUCAGCAGCUUAGCACCAUGCUCGACCAUUCACACAUAUCAAGACCAAUUCCAAAGUAA